ACGGACUCUAUUUUAUAGCAGAGAAUAUAAUUGCAAAAGGGUGGAUAGUUGCCGAUCUGAGAUAGAAAGAAGACUCUAUUCAGGCCACAUAUACACGUCGACUCGGUUUGUUGUAAGCCGAUCUACCGCUCUCUCUCUUCUCUUCCAAUGUCAAACUUCCUCCGCGGUCUAUUCGGCAACGGGAACUCAACCACUUCAACCACCUCCUCGCCACAGCAGCCCUCCACUCCGAUCUCACAACAACAGCAGCAGCAGCAGCAGCAGAUAGACAGCAGCAGUCCAGGGCCGUCUUCUGAAGAGUUCGCAGUCUCGGUCGAGGAUAUUAUUUCGCCUAUUACUGGGGUUAAAGCGUCGGCUGGGUCACUUUAUCCACUACCUGCGGGACUCGAUACGCCGCAAGAAAAGAUCGAAAACAAGAGUUUUUACGACGAAGCAAAGGACUAUACUAUGAGUCAUCCCAUCAUCAUCGGAGCCGGCAUCGCCGCCCUCGCCUUCGGCGCCCGCGUCGGCAUCCGCGCGAUGCAACGCUACCGCAACAUGCCCGCCGGCGCGGGAGCUGCGCGGAAAUUCCUCAAGGGCGGGUUCGACCCGAAGAUGAACUCGAAGGAGGCGCUGCAGAUCCUGGGGCUGACGGAGUCGACGCUGACAAAGUCGAAGCUGAAGGAGGCGCAUCGGCGGAUUAUGUUGCUCAAUCACCCGGAUCGCGGUGGGUCGCCUUAUGUUGCGACGAAGAUUAACGAGGCGAAGGAUUUCUUGGAGAAGAGGGGGAGACUGAGGUGAUUGAGUAGAUAGGUAAAGGGCGUAAUGUGCCAUGAAGCAAAGAUGAAAGAAGACGUUUUUGAUUCAUCCUGCAUUACAUUGUUUGAUUUCAUAUUUGAUUUCUUCAGAUUGACCAGCUCGGGCAGCAGAGAGCUGACUAUGUUUUGCCGUAUCAGCUUUAUCAUAGCUCAUGUAGCGUCCUGAUUUCAUCUAAAGCUGUCGUAUCUCGACUCUGUAUAUAGUGUUUUGUUUUAUUUAGUUUCUACAACAAUCUUCUUAUAUUGUC